AUGAAGCGACCAAAGCCUCGGCCUACUCUCCCACCCGACCUGAUUGACUCUGACUCUGUCUUCUUUCGAAAACCAGGGAACGAGUCUGUCGUCGGCUCGGGUACGUACGGAAAGGUAUUCAAGGGGCUCAAUGUCUACACCAAGGGGCUUGUUGCUCUCAAACGAAUACGGAUGGAAGGCGAGCGAGACGGCUUUCCGGUGACGGCUGUGCGCGAAAUCAAGCUUCUACAGUCGCUACGGCACACCAACAUCGUCAGACUUCAAGAGGUCAUGGUGGAGAAGAAUGACUGCUUCAUGGUCUUUGAGUAUCUCUCUCACGAUCUGACGGGCUUGCUCAACCACCCUUCCUUUUCGCUAGACCCAGCUCAGAAGAAGCACAUGGCCAAGCAGCUCUUUGAAGGCCUAGACUACCUUCAUGAGAGAGGCGUUCUUCAUCGCGACAUCAAAGCCGCCAACAUCUUGGUCAGCAGCGAUGGAAUUCUGAAACUGGCAGAUUUCGGCCUGGCUCGGUUUUAUGCGAAGCGACACCAGCUGGAUUACACGAACCGGGUCAUUACGAUCUGGUACCGAUCGCCCGAGCUUUUGCUAGGAGAGACCAAGUAUACCGCUGCCGUGGACGUCUGGAGCGCGGCGUGUGUCAUGGUGGAGAUCUUCACCAGACUCGCCAUCUUUGCCGGAGAUGGGACGGAGCUCAGCCAGCUGGAGAAGAUAUACAACACGCUCGGGACGCCAACCCGCCAGGACUGGCCUGGCAUCAUCGACAUGGCCUGGUUCGAGCUACUUCGACCGACUGCCAAGCGGAAGAGCGUCUUUGCUGAAAGAUACAAAGACAGAGUUUCUCCCGCUGCCUUUGAUCUGUUGCAAUCUAUGUUCCAGUACGACCCGGCCAAGCGACCUACUGCAGCCAUGGUCUUGCAGCACCCUUACUUCACCACCGAAGAGCCGUUGCCCCGGCAGGCAAUAGAGUGA